CACACACACACACACACACACACUCACUCGAUCUAAAGCUAACGGGAACGAGGACUCGUUAAGUUAGAAGCUUUUCUCGAUCCGGAUCAGACUGAACUGAUUUCUCUUCUGGUUCCUGUCCGACCUGGAGACAUGUUCUUCCGCUACGUGCUGCUGAUCGUCUCUCUGGUGGAUCUCCUGUCGGACUUCCGUGUGUCCUGCUGUGAUGAAAACUGUGCAGAGAGAACAGUGUUCACUCCCCCCCGACUGGUGGUGAAGCACGGCGACCGGACCUCUUCCACCUGCUCUCUGUGCCCGUCGUGCCCAGACGACAUUUUCGAUGUGGAAAAAUCCGUCGGAUCCAACGUGAAAAAUGGAAAAACAAUUACAUGGACGGUUGAAAAAAUGAUGGAGUGGAAAACGACUCCAAAGUGUUACUAUACUAAGACUGAUGGUGUUCAGUGUUGCACUCGGCUGGACGUUGUCGUGUACAAGCUUCCAGAUCUGGUCUCCGUCAGCUUUUUUAAUCACUCCGGCCCGUUGGUCGAGUCCCGUAACUACACUCUGCAGUGUGAGGUGCAGCAAGUGGCUCCGAUUAAUAAUGUCCUCGUGACCUUCUUCAGAGGUCAGACACAAUUGGGCCAGAGACAGCUCUUGAAUGAACAGAAGGAACCAGUGACUAAGUUCUUCUCUCUGGACAUCUCCACCACUAAAGAAGAUGAUGGAGCUCAGUACUGGUGUCAAGCAGAGCUGGAGCUCGGACCUGAUGGACCACAGCCCCCUCCGAUGGUUGCAUCGAAAAAAGUGAUCGCUACUGUCCACUAUAAGCCCGGGGAGCUGGCGCCAUCACCUCCAGAUCUGAUCACCCUCACACAAGGAGAUCGUCUAGAGCUGAACUGCACGGCCGAGGGGAACCCCCGCCCCUCGUACACCUGGACCUCCCUGCCAGACGGCGUCCCCCCGUCCAACAGCAGCGUCCUCACCAUCGAGUCUGUGGCUUCUGGGGACGAGGGGCAGUACACCUGCUCUGUCAGCAACAACCUGGGCACUAACACUGUGAUGUUCCAGGUGGCUGUCAAACCCAACAUCACCCCGUACAUAAUAGCAGUUGUUGUCCUUGUGGUUAUCGCUGGAUUGAUCACAGGAGCCGUCAUUUUCUACAAACGAAGCAAACGUGGAGAUGUUUUGUGAAACGCUGCAGAGUUGAAGUCGGACUCGUGGCCUGAGCUGCAUCUCUCUCGCUGUCAUUUGGUGUCGUCUGUCUACUGAAAACAUAAAAUGCCCGAAAUAAUUCCAGUCUCAACUUGUGUGAGUGUCUGUAGCUCAGGUUUAACACAUACUCAUGGUUUAACAUUGGUUUUAGGCCAAUUUAUACAUUUUAUUUCACAGACAAAACCACAUUGUUGGACAAAUUUUGAAAAACAAUUUCACAUAUUCUUUCACACUGAAGUUCCCGAAUGUAUUUUUAUGACUUGUUAAAGCUAAGUUCAACACUAUACUGUAUUUUGUGGGCUACCCACUGAAGUAAAUUUUUUGUUUGGUGAACGAAAGAUCAUCUUUCUCUUCUUCUGUUUUCAGUGUAUGUACAGUUAGUGUGUAGUUAAAAAUCCAGUGUAAAUGUGAAGCUAAUAAAGUAUUCGUUGGCUAAAUGGUU